CUUCCCGCGGCCUUUGCUGACUCACCGGAGCAGACGAGAGCCGGAAGAGCCAGCCGGUCAUGGCGCCUCCCUGGCUCAACGUCUCGAGCGCGCAAGACGAUGAGCGCGAGAGAUGGAGUGACGAGGAGCAUCCAUUCGGGCCUCGAAUUCUGCGGCGGAGAGUUGGAGCACGGGCGCGAUUUCGAUUCUGCUGAGGUGAUAAACAGAGCAGCAGCCAGGUCUCAAAACUGCGGAUACUUGUAAUAUCUUAGCGGGUUGGGGAAGUCUGUGAAUAUGCAGGCUGCCGUAGGGAAUGUGGUCUGCACCUCACCACUUUGCCGUUCGGAUGCCUACCGAUUCAGUCCCUUACCGAGUGCUGGCUUGGAAGGACGAAGGCUUCAGUCAGUUUCUGGCCAGCAAAGGUCGCAAGGCUUUAAAUUGGGGCCUUGGAGAUGUAGAUCACGAGUAGUGCGCCCAUGCCAAUCCUCGGACUGUGUUGAGAAAGUCGAUUUCGGAAUUCAUACGAUUAAAGCAAGCGCAAACUCUGCAAGCACAAGGAACGUUGGCAAAGGUUUGGCUUUGUUGGGGAGUGGAGGUAUUACAUUCUGCACAGCAGGAGACGUAGCCCAAGAGAAUGUGGUCGAUGCGUCAGGUCAAGGAGGGGAAGUCACGGCUGACACAGGUCUCAGUACCUUGUUCACUGCUGCCUUCAUCGGCCUUAGCAUGCUAACGAUUGGUGUUGCAGGCCCUGCUCUCGCAGAGGCGGUUCCGGUGGAGAUGGUGGAUGACAGUCAAUAUUGGUGGGAAGUCUUGCUAACAAGUGGAGCUUGCGGGAUUAUAUAUCUUCUGGUCAUCCCGGCUAUUAUCUACAACUACUUGCGCCUUCGUUGGUACAAAAGGAAUGCACUGGAGACUUACUUUCAGUUUAUGUUGGUGUUUAUCUUCUUCCCUGGGUUGCUGUUGCUGGCUCCGUUUAUUAACUUCAGGAGACUACCGAAGGAGGGCACAGAAGCGCCUUGAUCUAGCUAAUUUGUACUUUUAGUAGAAGGUUUGAAGCAUGGAAUUGAACUUGAGUGUUACAUUCGGUAUUUAACAUUCAAACAAUGUUGUACAUCAAGCAGUUGUAUUUUCACUUGCAUGAUAUGGCAGCCUGUCAAUCCUGUGGAAUGAUGAUGUAAUGAAUUAAGGACCCAGCUGCUUAUAACUUCAUAGUCAUCUUGUAGCAAGAUCUGUCCUAAAUACUUAUUUUAGUCAUCACAAACUAUUCGGUGUUGCAUUCUGGAAUGCACGAUGUUAACAGGAAAUGUAUCACAUUAUCCUGUACUGAGGGAAAU